CGUAUCGUUGUUUCCGCGUUAUAUCAUCAAUAUGUCACCGAUUUCUGAACCACAACCAGCCGCCCAGCCUGCCGGUGCAAAGGCUUCUCUGCCUGUGCAAAUGUCUCAACCAAGAACGCAACAGCCUAUGAAAUUCCAACGACCACAAGAUCCUAGAGCCGAUCGCAGACGCCCUCGUGACGAUAUAGAGCGCGACAGAUGCUGUCGCGGUCUCAACUGCACCUCGGGCAUUUAUAUGGUACCCUGCGCGUGCACACUGUGCUGAAUAAUGACUUCAUGUGAGGAAUCGAAUGGGGCGAUGAGGAUGGAGACACUUAUGAUGAAGCUAUAUGAGAUUGUGUUCUGGGCUAUUGUAUAUACCUGCAGUCUAAGCACGGGGUCCAUCCACAACGACAAAUAGGCAUUAUAGAUGGGACUGGUCCCAAUUAAAGACAAUGUAAUAGCUUAUGGCUUCGCUACACGGUGCCAGUAUGGUAAAGCUUCCUAACAGCCAACUACAGUAUAGUAAUCCCAUUGGAACUGAGGCCCAAUGCAGAUGUCCUCAUUGUUCGCAUC